AGUCAUGGAGGCUGUGAGAUUUGUUGGUCAUUCUUGCAUAUAAAUUUUUUACAGCUGAUAACAGUUUCUAUGAUUUUUAAAAUUUGAUAACAACUUAAAAUGUUGGUAGCGGUUCAAUCUCCCAAUGGUACUAAACGGAUCGAAUGCAAGUCUACUGAAAGUGUAUCCACCUUUAUUACAAAGGUUCGAAGUGCCUUUGAUUUAGAAAGUGUCUUGUCAUUUAGUAUUUACAAAGAAAGGGACAAAAAAACUCCACUGGUUGCCACUGACAGAAAGCGUCUCUCUUCUUAUGAACUCAGGCAUGGGGACACAGUGUAUCUUGUGUAUGGAUCCAAUUCCACCUCCGACUCCUCCCCCCUCUCCAAUUCUGUCGUUUCGGAGAGCGAUCGCAAGGGGUCCUUCUCCGACUUCACUCCCGACCUGACGAAUGCCCUGGUGGAGGACAAAGUGGAUGUCUACCUUUUCAAGCAGAAUGGAUGCAUCCAAAGGGAAAGAGAUCCCGAGUUGUGUCACCAUGGUCCAAAUGGGAAAUGUGUGCAUUGUGUCCCUGUAGAGCCUUAUGAUGAGAAUUAUUUACGUGAGCAGAAUAUUAAGCACAUGUCAUUCCAUUCUUAUUUGAAGAAGCUAAUGCACGGCAUUGACAAGGGUAAAUUUGCUCCCUUGGAAAAUAUAAGCUGCAAGAUAAAAAGUGGCUGCAAAGAGCAUCUACCGUGGCCCCAAGGUAUCUGCACCAAGUGUCAACCUAAUGCAAUUACUCUUAACAGACAAACUUACAGACAUGUAGAUAAUAUUGUGUUUGAGAAUCCUUUCCUUGUUGAAAGGUUCCUAAACUACUGGCGAUGCACCGGUCACCAGCGAGUAGGUAUCUUGUACGGCUACUACGAGCCUCACAAGGAUGUGCCCCUGGGAAUAAAGGCCACGGUCUGUGCUAUUUAUGAACCACCACAAGAUGGCUCAAAAGAUUGCAUAAAGUUUCUCCCAGAUGAAAAAGCAAAAAUUGUAGAUAAAAUAGCUGAAAGUUUAGGUCUAGCAAAAGUAGGCUGGAUUUUUACAGAUCUCAUCGCUGAAGACCUACAGAAAGGAACUGUGAAAAACAUAAGAAACAUAAAUUCUCAUUUUUUAAGUGCUCAAGAGUGUAUAAUGGCUGGCCACUUCCAAAACCAGCAUCCAAACAUCUGCAAGCUUUCUCCAGAUGGAUAUUUUGGGUCCAAGUUUGUAACCAUCUGUUUCACAGGGGAUGCAAAUAAUCAUGCGCACAUGGAAGGGUAUCAAGUGUCCAACCAAUGUAUGGCCCUGGUCAGGGACAACUGCUUGCUGCCCACUAUUGAUGCCCCGGAAUUGGGUUACGUGAAGGAGUCAAGUAAUGAACAAUUCGUACCUGAUGUCUUCUACAAAGUGAAAGAUUCAUAUGGCAAUGAAAUCACAGAACUUGCUCGUCCCUUACCCAUAGAAUACUUACUUGUAGACGUUCCUGUAUCAACUCCCAAUGAACCUCAAUUCACAUUCUAUGCGGUUGCAGGCAUCGAUCCUUUUCCGGUGGAAAACAGAUUUUUGGAUGGUCAUGUACAGGACUUCCCUCAUUUAGUCAGUUACUUGAGGCAGUUCAAGUCUGAUCAGUUUCUAGAAGCUAUGUCCGACUUUCACUUGCUCAUUUACCUUGCCACAAUGGACCUUUUACCUUUAAUGGAUGACUUGGGUCCUCUAUUAGAAGCAAUACGACUAAAAGACAAAGAUCUGGCUGUAAAUUGGUCCAAAAGUGACAGGUGGGCCACAGUGGAACAUUUCAUAGAUGCUGAAGAUUCAUCCAUGCCCAACCACAAGCCCAGCAAUGAUGGCGCCUCUGGCCGAACAGACUCGGCCAGUGCCAUGUGGAUCUGCAAGCACUGCACCUUCCUCAACCAGCCUGUGGUGAACACGUGCGAGAUCUGCGGCCUGCCACAGUGAGACAGACAGUGUCCCUUCCAACUUGUGAUAUCUCUCUAUCUUUCUCGCACCCUGCGAGGAGUGGCUCUCUGCUUCAAGAGUUCCUGAUGGAAGAAUAGCUGUUGCCGCUCUGGACCUUUGUGCAAUCUAGGUCUUUACCGCAUAGGAGUUUAAACUUUUAAACUCGUAGUGGUACAAUACUUGCAGCAGAUAUUUGCAGGGUAAGCACAAAUGAGGGUCCUGAUUUUGAAAAUUCUAUAUUUUCAAAACUACUGCACAUUUUGCCAUAAGUGAUGCACGAGUGUAAAAAAAAAAGUUAAUUUUUUUUUUCCAAUUAUGAAUGUUCAAAGAAUGAGUUUGGAGUAACGUCAAAAACACUUUAUCAACUCCCAAUGCCAAAAACACUACCAAAAAAUUCAUAAAUGUACUUUUGCAGCAUGAUAAACCAUUACCAGGGGUGUUUAUGACCUGAAAAUUUUGGGCUGCAGUUUCCAAAAAUGUUGGGCUGACAACCCAUUCUAAAACUAAAAAAAAUAUUUAAAAAAAAACUUCUAAAAUGUUUUUCCCCCAAUACUUUCACCGAUUUUUGCAUAUAUAUUUGAAGAGUUUUUUAUGAGGGGGGGGGGGUCAAGCUUCCUCGUUGUUUUCAAAAAUUUCGCACUCUUCAGAAAAUUUUACUUAAGUCCACUAUCACCACUGCAUUACAGUGUAAUGUUUCAAAAUGUGUGGAAAGAACGGAAUUACAGAUUAGAUGUUGUCAUGUAACAAAAGGUUCCAACAUUAAGCAUUAAUAAUAGAACAUUUUACACAAUUUGCUCACACAUUGCACAUUUUUGCAAUUUAAUUUU